AUGUUUGAAUACAACCGAUUGGAUGCCAAUCAGGCGAGGGAUGAGAUUCACAUCAAAUGCUUAUAUCGUGUGGUCUCUCAUCAAUACACACGUGCGAGCGCCACCUUGGUCACUCUGUCCCACCCCACCCCCAAACCUGAUUACUUUGUGGACAACCACUGGUCAAAAGUUCCCAAAUCGUGGUCUCAUUGUCUCGAAGAUUUUGAACUGAAAGACAUACCAAAUCUUUUAUCAACUGAUUCUGAAUCUAAAUUCAAAUGUGUUUUACCACUGAGUUUGCUAUCACUUCGUGCGACCUGUUCUGCCCUUCAGUUGACCCGCAAAUGGAGUCCCGACUCUUCUAUAAUUUUCCCAAAAAGUCAUUUUUCUGAAAGCACUCAACAAUUGGAUUCAGAGCUCAAAGACUCGAAUCACCCGAACAUGAAGACCGAGAUUCUGAACCGACGGGUCAAGCAUAAGAAAAGGCAUGAAAUUAGACGCCUUUCCAAACUGACCGAUCAUUUGUUGAAAGGGAUGUGCGAUUGCAAGACUAUAGUGGACUGUGGGUCAGGUCAGGGACACUUGUCUCGCAUUCUGAGCCUAUGUUUCGGUUACGACGUGAUCAGCAUUGAAGGCAAUGACGACAAUGUGUUGGGCGCACAACACAAAGACAUGAAUACAUUGAAUAGUCUGAAGCGAUACAAACUCACCGAUAGAUUGAAUUUGGAUUUUCCGAAAAAAGUCAAUUGUUUGCUACAAAAGGACUCAUCGAUUAGUGAAGUGACACAAAACAGUGACAAUCACCUGUUGUUAGGUCUUCACGCGUGUGGACCCCUCUCCACCAUAAUUCUCAAUCAACUCAAAGAAUGCAAUUCUGCCAAAGCCUUGCUUUUAGUGAGUUGUUGUUACAUGAAAAUCGAUAGCAAUAGACAAAUAGUUGACACAAAUGAACAACUCCCGCAAGACAUCACCCAUGAGGUGGUCACAUGUCAUCCACGCAACCAAAUCAUGGCUUACCUCUACUGGUGA